AACAACAACAAAACAUACAACAACAACAACAACAACAACAACAUACAACACCCCUCCCAUACACAGUCGUCCACUUUGGCCAGCGCCAGCGCCCACGAUGAGCUUGGCAAUCUGCUCUGGCAGCAGGAGGCCACCGAAUUCAUUGAGCAGCUUCCCUGUGCUGCCCCCCGCUGCCCGGUGCCGCCCAUACGCCAUUGCCACGCCCACGCCCACGCUCAUGUCCAUGGCCAUGGUCGGGCAAGCAGUGUGGGCGGGGGCGGCGGCGAGCUGCUGUCCACACAGCAACGCCAUCAGCGCGACAUGUUCAGCGGCGACCUGGGCAUACCCGAGAUCAACACACACGUGGGCAGUGUUGUGCACACCUUCGAGACGCUGGCGCUGCAGCGCCGCCUGGCUGAGGCCGAGCAGGAUCGGGAUCGGGAGCACAGUAAGUAUGAGCUGCGCACGAGUAACAGCAACAACAACAACAUCAGCCAAAGCCAAAGCCAAAGCAAAUACAACCAGGUGAAGCGCAAGUCGCAGGAUCUGCGUCAGCGUCUGCAACAAAUGCACCGUCAGAAGCAAAAGCUGCAGGCACUGGCACAGGCACAAGCACAGUCACAGACACAGUCACAAAAUCAUCAUGGCCACUGCAUACUAAGCGCACCCGCACCUGGCAAGCUCAUCAACAGCUGCAGCACCCAGAGCCUGGCCAGUCAAUUGGCCACGCCACGGCCACGACCAGCACCCACAGGUGCACACUCCACGGAGCAGCUGCGGCAGCCGUAUGGCGGCAUUGCGGACGACUAUCGCAAGAAUCUGUUUGGCACCUUGGUGUCUCAGCGGCGUGCACGGAGCAGCCUGCAGCAGUCCAGCGAGGAGGAGCUGCAGGAUGAGACGUACAUUGUGAAUGCGGCCUUUGAUGAAAUAUUCGCGCAUUACGAUGACGAUGGCGAGGAACUGGAGGAGAUGUGCAACACGCAGCAGGAGACGAGUCGCAGCUACACCAACGACAACACCAACACGGAUGACCUAUUUGACGAUGAGCACAUGCUGGUCAGCCUGAGCGAGCUGGACGACGACGUGUUUGCCAGCCGAGCGCAAACGGCCUCCACCACACCCACGACAGCGGGCGCCGGCCGCACGCCCAAGCAUAGUCAUCCGUUACAGAAAUACCCGGCACCGGCGCCGCCGCUCCAGCAGCGCUCUAGCACGUUCAACAAUCUCUUCGAGCGCUUUAAGGGCAACUCAUCAACGGUGGCGGCGGCAGCAAUUGCCAAGCAUCCGCUUAACAAAACGCACUCUGAGCAGCAGCUGCAGCCUUUGCCGCUGGCUUCGACUCCAACGAAGCUGCACAAGUACGCCGCACAGCCGCAGCUCAAUGCGGAGCCGGAUUUCAAUCGGGGCUCCACGCUCAGCCAGUCGUUUGUGCGGCAGCUAAAGCGCGUCUCCUACAAGCAGAAGCGCGCACCACCCGCACCGCCGCCCAAGCCGCGCUCCAAUGUGGCGCAUGUUACACCGCUGCGUAAUGCUCUGAUCUUUCCGAAGCGCUCCAAGUCAUCCAACGAGCUGUUGCUCGACGAUCUGAAUGUGCAGGCACGUAAGUAUUUUCGCCGCUCGGAGCACAGUGCAGCGGUGUAAUGGAAUACCGGACCAUACUGGAGCCAGUGCACUGUUUCUUACCUCUCUUUUGCUCACCCCCUUUAUCCACACUAGCUAUUAAUCUUUGUGACUGAAUCCGCUCCCAUAAGCAGAUCAAAUGAUAAUCACUUUUCUAUUGAUUCAAUUUUUGGCAGAGGCGACGCUCUUGUAGACUAAGUGUCCCGAUAACCCGCCAUAAUGAAAACCGCCAAUGACCCACGAUUCCGAUACCAAUAACGACCCCGAUACCAUUACAAUCUAGCAUUACCUAACCAGAAACAGCCGAGGAUUGAGCGUAGUGAACCCGCCGCCGCUAAAAUAUAAUGAAAGGAAGCAAAAGUUUCUCCAAAUGGAAAAGCUAAAACGAACCCAAAGAGAUUCGCGCCAUAAUUGGAUUGAAAUUUGCCAGCACUCGUAAAGCCAGCUAAUUGAGUAAAUUACCAAAAUAAUAAGUACUCAUUAUUGCGUUUAUGAAAAGCUCGUUUAUAGAGAAAUCAAAUAAAAUAUGUACUUAUAAGUCAACUGCUUAAAUGUACUUAAAUAUGGAUAUGCAUAUACAUAUUUCUCAAUUUAUAUACAUAUAUAUAUAUAUAUACAUAUAUAUACAUAUAAGCUGCAUGUGAAUCAAAAUAUUUAAAAUAUAAGAAAAACCCCUGAAAUCAUUAACAAUAUGUAUUUAUGUACAAAAUUGAAAAUUUUCAAAUCAAAGAAUUUGUGCCCUCAAAACUUAUGCAUGUUAUUUAUGUAAUUUUUGAAAUCGUAAAUCAUCUAUAUAUAUAUAUGUAUAUGUAUACAAAGUUCACAUAUAUAUUAUAAAACCGCGUAUAAAAAUACUUACUAAUGUGGCCAAUUGUAUGGCGCAUAACAAGCAUUUGUGUAAUUAUGUAAUCUGUUGUAACUUGUAGACUAAAAAUAACAAAAGCAAAUGUAAACCCAUUACGAGAAAGAGAACAUACCUUAACUUAUGUGCAUGCAAUAAAAAAAAAAUCAAAAA